UAAAGUUUGCUCAUCAUGAACCGGAAAUGUAUCUUGGAAAGAAUGUUCAUUAAUCAGCUACCGGAAAAUGCGAAAGAUGAAUUGUCAUUUCGAACUUUGGUUAGAGAUUUGAAAACCAAGUCUCCCUUGUUGCAAAUCAUUCUUCUAAAUCCAAAUUCUUGGUGCUGUUCUGGUUAUUGCUUGGACACAUCGAGUGCAGCAGAAUCUAGUCUGAAGUUAGAUUUACUCCCUGUUAUCAAGGUCAACUUUUCUGAUUGUGGUGAAUCUGCAGCAUCUCAGUUAAGGGUACAUGAAAAUUGGAUAACAAAGAAUGUAGGGGAUGAAGUUUGCAUGGCAAGUAGAUGAGUUAAUUGGAUCUCUAUCAUCAGCUAAAGAUAUACUACCACCUUCAUAUAACUUUCUCCAGGGUUUACCUCUUUCAUCGUUGCGAUGAUAGAGAUUAUUUGUUGUGCAAUAGCUUUGAUCAGCAGGAUCCUAACUGGACACCCGAUCUAGAAAUGAAAUUUAACCAUGACUAUUGUCACGAAGCACAUCCUUGUGAUGCUAUGGAGUCAAGUCAUUGUAAAUACAACACCAAAAUUUAAA